AUGGAUCAUAGAGAAAAUCACACUGCGAAAAAGUAUGAAUAUCUAAGCAACAACUAUGACACCGUGUACAACGAAACAGAAGAAGAGCGAGAUACCAUGAGUAAGAAUUAUCAUAGUGGUAUGAAUUACAGCUAUGGUCAAAAUUUGUUAAACAAAAGUAACGGCACAAGUAUGUACGUGAAUAGCAACAUGAACGGCAGCAUGGACGGCAGCAUGGACGGCAGCAUGGACGGCACGAACGGCAUGAAUGGGAGCUUCCACCCCAACGCAGAGAGUAACUUCUACUACUCUAAAAGCAACAAAAAAUACAACUCCACCAUGGAGAAAGAAAAACUAAUAAGCAACAAGUCCAUGUAUAACAAGAACAGGAGCAACUACAACAAUAUCACCUACGACGGUAACGAGGAUGACUGCUCCGAAACUCAUUACCAUUUUGAAAAUAAAUACAAUUCGGAUAAGGAUCUAGAAAAUAAUCGCAUCCUAAUAGAGCCUGACGACUUAAUGGCAUCAAGAAGAAAUCACAUGAGAACCAAACUGCAAGUGCUAAUCAAGGUUCUAAUAAUUCUGGCCAUUUUUUUUCUCCUAGCAUUUUUGCUAACUAAAUUUAAAAAAUUUUUAAACCUAAUUAAUACAGUUAUAAAGUGGGUAGGAGAGCAAGGUUCCUGGAGCAUCCUCCUUUUCAUUUUGUUAUUCACGUGUACGUCCCCCCUCUUCAUGUCAGUCGAGAUUAUGUGUGUUGGGGCUGGACUUAUAUUCUCAGGGGUUUACGGGAAAUUUUGGGGGAUAAUUGUCGCCGUUUUUUCUGUUGCCACUGGAUACGUUUUGGGAAUGUCACUAUGCUUCUUCAUAUCAAGAUAUUUACUGCAUGAAUUUAUUUACAAGAAGCUAAUGGUUUAUCCGAUUUACUUAGCAUUUAAUCAAGCCAUAAAUUCCAAUGGGUUGUCUUUUGUCUUGCUGAUUCGUUUGUCUCCCAUUUUGCCAGCCUCUGUCGUUAGCUAUAUACUGGGCGUUACGUCCGUCAAAUACAGGGACUUCGCUCUGGGAUCCGUUUCUGCCUUGCCCAGUAUAAGUAUAUUUGUCUACAUUGGCGUUUUACUUCAGGACAUUUCCAACAUAUCUGAAUUGGAUAACCAGUGGGCUAACCUUAUCAUCCUCUUCAUUGGCUUCAUCCUGGGGGUAGUUGCCAUUGCGUACAUUUCCGUCGUGACCAAGCGCAGAUUGAAUAACUUGAAUAUAAUCAACUCGUCGCUGUCGACUACCAACAUCGACAUCGAAUGA